AUGCGCAUGUGUUUAACUGGCGACAUUGACGGAUACUACACCGGCUUGGCCGAGGAGAACAGAGACCAGUUCGGGUUGAAGGGAGACUUUGUUACCUCACCCGAGAUUUCCCAGAUGUUUGGCGAAUUGGUCGGUGUGUGGUUUGUUGCAGAGUGGCUGAGCCAAGGAAAACCUAAGAGAGGUGUUGAGCUUGUUGAAGUUGGCCCUGGACGUGGCACACUGAUGGACGACAUGCUUCGUACUAUGCAAAACUUCAAAGAGUUUGCCUCGAGUAUUGACGCCAUUUACAUGGUCGAAGCUAGUCCUCAGCUCCGUGAGGCUCAGAAGAACCUUCUGUGCGGGCCUGACGCUCCCAUGACUGAGUCCAAGGUUGGCUAUCACAGUGUUUGCAAGUAUGAAAGCUUGCCUAUUGUUUGGACCGAGACAAUCAAGUCGAUUCCUUGCGACAAGAUGCCCCUCAUCAUGGCCCACGAGUUUUUUGAUGCCCUCCCUAUACACGCCUUCCAGGCUGUAACUGUCCAACCGCCUCCUCGCGAGCCUGCAACAAGCAACGCGUCAUCAACGAUUCCCGCAGAGGGUAAACCCAAGGUCGAAUGGCGAGAAAUGUUGGUGUCCCCCACUCCGCCAGACGCCACUCAUGAGACUAUGAACAUUCCCAAGUCGGAGCAGGGAGAUCCGAUUCCCGACUUCCAGAUGACACUCUCCACGGGACCUACGCGCCAUUCAAGAUACCUGCCUGAGUCAUCCUCAAGAUAUAGCCGUCUCAAGUCCAUCCCUGAUGCUGUGGCCGAGAUCUGCGCCGACGCGUCCCUCUAUGCAGCGGACUUCGCCAGCCGCAUUGGCGGUUCCAAGCAGCAUCCCAAAGCUCGUCCCUCUGGCGCAGCCUUGAUUCUGGACUAUGGCACGGCUGACACAGUCCCCAUCAACUCAUUGCGUGGCAUCCGUCGCCACCGCCGUGUAAGCCCCUUUGCAGACCCUGGUCUUGUUGAUCUGAGUGCCGACGUUGACUUCACGGCCAUUGCUGAGGCGGCGACACGUUCGAGUGAGGGGGUGGAGGUUCACGGCCCCGUUGACCAAGGUGCAUUUUUGGGCCAGAUGGGCAUCAAGGAGCGGGCGGAGGUGCUCAUGAGGCAAGCCGGGGCAAAAGGUGUUGCUGAUAAGGCCCAGGAUAUUGAGAAGGCUUGGAAGCGUCUGACUGAUCGCGGCCCAGGGGGCAUGGGCAAGGUCUACAAGGCCAUGGCGAUCUUGCCAGAGAAUGAAGGAAGAAGACGGCCGGUUGGCUUUGGCGGUGAUGUGUGA